GAACCCUCUAUGUGUCGCGUGCCACCGGCCGAGCUCCUCCUGUCCUCCUCGAGGUCCUGCAGGCCCUGGUAGUGCCGCCGCCGCCCGCCCUGCCCCGCCCCGCACCGCCUGCACCCGCCCUGCCCGCCAGCGAGCCCCGCCGCCACAGCCAGCCACAGCGCCACCAGCACCCGUCAGAGAUGAUGUCGCCCGCCGUUCGAGUGUUCCUGGGCGCGGCCUUCCUGGGAGCCUUCCUCCGCCUAGCCGACUGCCACUUCCCCAAGAUGCACCUCUCCAACAGGCUCGAGCCGCCGAUGGGACUAGGUGGAAUACCAGACGGAGCUGCAGGCCGCGGCGGGCUCGCGCACCGCUCGCUGCAGGUGACGGCUGUCAGCCCGCCGGCGCAGGAGGUGCGCAUGGGCGAGCGCCUCGAGUUGGAGUGCGAGGCCUUCGGUGGCCCGCCGCCCACCAUACAGUGGCUCCGGGACGGCCAGCCCAUCGGCCAGGGCAUGGACGAGGCCAAGUCCCUCAACAACCUGCUGUCGGCCGAGGCGCUCAACGGCCUGGGCUCGGGCCUGACCAAGGUCACGUCCAACGUGGUGCCGCUCGAGUCGGGCAUCGCCAAGGUCACCUCGCGACUCGUCAUCGACUGCGCCCUGCCCGUGCACCGGGGCCUGUACUCGUGCGCGGCCGUGUCCGGCACCGACGCCGACGUGUCGCCGCCCGCCACCGUCUACGUCGAGGCGGACGGCGUGCGCAACCUGUCGGCUCUGCUGUCGGCCUGCCAGCACUCUGGGAUCGCCACGCCCCCCCGCAUCACAAACUUCGCCUCGUUCGUCAUGGACGUGUCGGGGACGGACAUCACCCUGCCCUGCAGCGCUGAGGGCAGCCCUAGGCCCGCCGUCUUCUGGAAGGACAACAACAACCAGCUCAUCGCGCCAAGCGGGCCGGGCGCUCGCCGCAACCGUUACAAGAUCCUCCCUAACGGGUCCCUGAUGAUCCUCAAGGUCCGCUGGAGCGACAUGGGUGUCUUUACCUGCGUCGCUCAAAGCGAAACGGGGCGGGAUAACGCCACUACCUUCGUGUAUCCUCUCUCUGCAGAGAAAUGAUGAGCUGGAGAGAAAAAAAAAUAGUUUGAGGAAUUUUGAAGAGAAACAAUGACUUCCAAUUUUGUAGAUUCCAGCUCCACAGUAUGUAACAUACAAUGUACACCAUGUACAACUAAUGUAUCAGUAAUAAAGGACAUGUAAAUUUCCCACUUAACAAGUGUUGAGGAUAUUGUUUCAACAUGGUAGUUUCAGUUUAGCCUAGCUACCACCAACAACUUAAGAAAACAAAAAUAAGUACAUCUUACACAAAAUUAUUUAUUGAAAAAUUGUACACAAGGUAGCAAGCAUGAGUUGAUAUGAUUAAGUAAAUAAGAAAAAUGCUUUUGUAUCAUUCCACUAAAGAAAAGUUUUCUGAGUAAAUCUGUGGUAUUAAAUUUGAAUGAGAACAAUGAGAUCACAAAAUCAAUCACAACAGAUGGAAUUGUACACAUUUUACGGAUCAGAAAAUGCAGAUAGCGAUAUUGUAUUUACAUUGUAGUUAUAAAUUGAUGAACCUAUAUUCUAUCCAGUGAUUCUAACAUGAUGAUACUAUUUCCUCUGAUCACCUGGAACAAACAAAAUUGUGUCAAUAGUAGUUUAAGAGUAAGUGCAAAACAUGCUAAGAACUAGAAAUAUAAAUACAUGAAACAUA